AUGUUUCAGAACUGCAAAAUGUCUAAGAACUUGGUACUCUCUCCAUAUAAAUUGUGGUGGAAAAGAAGUAACUGUUUUGGGAAAAAAAUUACAACAUUUAAUGGUGACACAGAUUCAGUUGGAUCUUCAUCAUUUCGCCAGAGCUCAACAAAUUGGGCUUUAAGCAGCACUGGUUGCUUUACUGAUGAUAACCAUGAAGACACCCUUAUCCAAAAUAAUGAAACGAUUCUCUCUAUGGCCAAUCCAAAACUGUACAUGAAUGCACGCCUUUCCCCCAUCUCUCUAACUUAUUUUGGGUUUUGUCUGGGAAAUGGAGACUACACUGUAAACCUCCAUUUUGCAGAGACACGGUUUACAAAUGGCAAAACAUAUAAAGCCUGGGAAGGCGUAUAUUUGAUGUUUACAUUCAGGUUGCAGUCAAGGCUGAAAAAAUACGAUCAUGAAAUGUUAAGUAACUACAUUAGCAUAUUUCAGGGGAUACAACGGCUGAAGGAUUUCAAUAUUGCGGAUGAAGCUGGUGGUGGGGUUGGUAAGGCAGUCAUAAAGAACUUUUAUGCUUCUGUAACUAAUGGUACCUUGGAGAUCCGUUUCUAUUGGGCUGGGAAAGGGACGACUGGUAUCCCUGUUACAGGAGUUUAUGGUCCUCUUAUAUCAGCUAUUUCUGGCGUGGACCUGCGAACUGGUAAAUUUAGCUUCAGGCAACUUAAAGAUGCCACAAACAACUUUGACAAAGCCAAUAAGAUUUUGAAUGCAUCAAAUAAUGUGGCUCUCCUUUGCUGCUAUGCCACUUCAACAAUUAGGCCUACCAUGUCUUCAGUUGUGAGCAUGCUUGAAGGCAGGGCUGCUGUUCAGAUAUUGGUCUCGGAUCCAAAUGCAUCAAAUAAUGAGAUGGAUGCAAUGAGGAAACAUUUUGAAUCCACUUUGGGAAUGAACACCAGUGAGUGCCAGAUACAUACUGCAUCAAGUCAAGGUCCCUUGACCGGUUCAUCUACAUCUGUUCAUGAUCUCUAUCCAGUCAUUCCUGAUUCAACUUACUAG